ACCAGGGGGCGGCCCCGCCCCGCGCGGGAAAUGGCGGCGGGCGGGAGGCGGCGGGUGCUGCCGGCCUGGAUGGAGGCGGCGGGGGACGAGCGGGUGGUCGCGGCGGGGACCCCCCCCGCCGAGGGCGGGCAGCGGCGGCAGCGGCAGGCGGCGGGUCCCAGGGCGGCGGUGUACUGCAUGAACGAGGCGGAGCUGGUGGACGUGGCCCUGGCGGUCCUGGCGGAGUUUAUUCAGUGGAAUAUUCACAAAAGUGGCUUGAAGGUGUCUGAGUACGAUCUUCCCAGCGAAGCUACGGAUCCUUUUGUUCUGUCCGGGUACAGUGGUUACAAGCAAGUCCAGUUCCCACGAGGGAGGCUUUUUGCUUUUGACUCUGAGGGCAACUAUAUGUUGACGUGUUCUUCUACUGGGGGAGUCCUUUUUAAGUUGAACGGUGAGGAAAAGGUUCUGGAGAGCUGCCUUUCCCUGGGAGGACACAGAGCUCCCGUUGUCACAGUGGACUGGAGCACGGCCAUGGACUGCGGGACCUGCCUCACCGCCUCUAUGGAUGGGAAGAUUAAAUUAACAACCUUACUGGCUCAAAAGUCUUAACCUGGACAGUGCCGAAGGGAAAGAGCAAAAGACUGGACAAAACUAGCGUGAACUCCACAGGAACAAACUGCAUGGGAGAGAAGGCAAACCACAGUCCCUCUUCUCAUUGUAGCUUUUGCCUCUUGACAAAAGUUAAAUACAUUUGCCAAACCACUGUGCAGUAGAAUGCUGGUAUGGGACCGGAUCAGUGGCAGCACUGAAAAAUAAGUCUUCACUGAUCCAUAGUGGCAGCUGGACCCACUCUGUUAGGGAGCCUUGAGUAGCAUGUGGCUAGAA